AUGAGUGACCAGGUUUCCGAUAUGCUUGAGAAGCUGGAGCUUCAGAAGGAAAAGAACCAGGCCGCCGCCACCGAGGCCAAGGUCGAGGAGGUGAAGGAGGAUGAUAAGAAGGAUGUCAAGGAGGAGCUUAAUGAAGAUGAUAAGAAGGUGGCCAAGGAGGACGACAAAAAGGAAGACGCCAAGGAAGAGUCCAAGGAGGAUGCCGAGGAAAACAACUUGAUCCAGACGGAAUACGAAGUGCGAGUGAAGCUGGCCGAUCUCCAGGCAGACCCCAAUUCACCCCUGUACUCUGCCAAGCGAUUUGAGGAUCUGGGGCUGGACGAGAACCUGCUCAAGGGUCUGUACGCCAUGAAGUUCAACAAGCCCUCCAAGAUCCAGGAGAAGGCUCUUCCUCUUCUGCUGUCCGACCCCCCUCACAACAUGAUCGGCCAGUCUCAAUCUGGUACCGGUAAGACAGGAGCCUUUUCGCUGACCAUGCUGAGCCGAGUGGACCCCAAUCUCAAGGCCGUUCAGUGCAUUUGUCUUGCUCCCUCUCGAGAGCUGGCUCGUCAGACCCUGGAUGUGGUUGAUGAGAUGAAGAAGUUCACCGAUAUCACUACACAUCUCAUUGUUCCUGAGUCUACCGAACGGGGCCAGAAGGUGACCUCCCAGAUCCUGGUGGGAACUCCUGGAUCUGUGGCAGGUCUGCUACAGAAGAAGCAGAUUGAUGCCAAGCAUGUCAAGGUGUUUGUUCUGGACGAGGCUGACAACAUGGUCGACUCCUCUAUGGGCUCCACCUGUGCUCGAAUCAAGAAGUACCUGCCCUCCUCGACCCAGGUGGUGCUGUUUUCUGCCACCUUCCCCGAGUCUGUGCUCGAUUUGGCUGGCAAGAUGUGCCCCAACCCCAACGAGAUCCGUCUCAAGGCCAACGAGCUCAACGUGGACGCCAUCACCCAACUGUACAUGGACUGCGAGGAUGGCGAGGAGAAGUUCAAGAUGCUGGAGGAGCUGUACUCCAUGCUGACAAUUGCAUCGUCGGUCAUUUUCGUCGCUCAGCGGUCCACCGCAAACGCUCUCUACCAGCGAAUGUCGAAGAACGGUCACAAGGUGUCACUGCUGCACUCAGAUCUGUCUGUUGACGAGCGAGACCGACUCAUGGAUGACUUCCGAUUUGGUCGAUCUAAGGUUCUCAUUUCUACCAACGUUAUUGCCCGAGGUAUCGAUAUCGCCACCGUCUCCAUGGUCGUUAACUACGAUCUCCCCACGGACAAGAACGGUAAGCCCGAUCCCGAGACUUACCUACACCGAAUCGGACGAACCGGACGCUUCGGUCGAUCCGGAGUGUCCAUCUCCUUUGUGCACGACGAGGCCAGCUUCGAGGUUCUCGACUCCAUCCAGCAGUCUCUCGGUAUGACCCUUACCCAGGUUCCCACCGACGACAUUGAUGAAGUUGAGGAGAUUAUCAAGAAGGCCAUCAAGGGUAAAUAG